AUGCCACAAGAAGUCCUCUGCAAGAUUUUUGACAACCUUAUCGAGCACCCAGUUCACUUUACCCGAGUGGCCCAGGUUUGCAGGUCGUGGCAACUGGCGGCGGACACACAUCUCUACUGGAAAUUUAUCGUUCACAAGGUGGGUCUAAUACCACCGAAACCUAAGGCAACGAUAUAUAAAACCUAUAAGUCAGUGGUGGCUCGUGAUUGGGGAAAAUUUUGUAGCCUGUGUUUUAAGCGCAGCAGAGCCGGGGAGAACUCACAAAUUCGUCUGGCAUCAAUUCAAUCCGAAUAUGUUAAGAAGAUCUAUAGAGAAAUCAAAACAAACUGGUACCAGAUUUUUGAUAAGGGAGAUUAUAGCGCCUUCACCUUUUUUAAGACUGGUGCUGAUCGGAAAGAUUCUUUAGGUUGUAGUUCACUCAAAGAACCUGAUUUGACGUUGCGGUCAUCAACAAGUCCCAAAAAUCUUGAUGUGACACCACCUUACACGAAUUCUGGGAGUCCCUGCGAUGCAGAAAUCUUACCAUCUGCCGUUAAAAUGCACAUGAUUUGUUAUAACUGUAAAUUAAAGUUAUUUUCAGGAAAUCUUUCAUCUUUUGAACGACGUCAGUUGAUGUGCUUGAUGCUGAAGGAGCACAACAUUACCCGUGGAAUAGAUCUCAUAACGAUUUCACGUUUCUGCCCAAAUUACAUAAAUCAUGGACGCGGAGAUCCUUUCAAAUUGGUUAGGAACAUUGUGAAUUUACAGUGGCUCUAUAAAAAUACUGAAUAUAAGUCUACGAGGAUUUUUAAACCAACAGAUGCAUUUGGAAACACUGGACCUGAGUAUAUCGAUCACGAGGAAGGAAAAAGAUUGGCACUGGAGAGAUGGAUUGCAAAGAGGUUUGAAGCGGGGAUUACUACUUCACCGAGAAAUGAAAUAGAUUCAAAACAACGACCUCCUUCUUACUUAUGGCAACAAAUCGAGGACAUUAUUGCGACUCGAUAG